UUGCGCCAAUGACUUGAAGAAGAGCGCGAUAUGCUUACCAAACCAGUGGAGAAUUUGCAAGAAUUUGUCAUGUUAUAGAAAAACAAAGGACGCCUGGAGUCAAAUGUGAGGGAUACAUGCAGAAAAUGACAGCAUCACUACACCUAUGAGUUUAUUAGAUCCCGUGCCUUACCGAUAUUUCAGCAAAAUGAACGCCGUGCAAUCAAACUCAACGCCACAGGGUCUGGUUACAGCUUGGGAUACAAUAACACUGGCAUUGCUGUCACCUGACCUGGACAAUACUCCGUCUGAAGAGGCUCUCUCAGAUGACUUGGACUUUCUCUGUCGAUGCGGAGGCGGUCAGUACAUGGAGGGUUGGCUUCUGGACACCUUGCACAUGAAUCUGACUUCGGCAGUGGUGCCCGACUUCUGGGCUGGACUGAAGCUACCAGAUGGGGAGAAGGUACAGGAGAAAGAGCGUGCCAGGAUUCUGUUGCAGGCCUUUCGUACCCUGCUGACACGCCUUGAACCGUCAUUAGGUGGUCUGGAGCGGCUGGGCAGAUGGCAGGACGAGGGCCGGUCAGGCUUGAGUGGCCCCGGGGCCCAGAGUCUGAGGGAGAGGGCCUUCACCGCCAUCAGGGCCAUCCUGCUCUUCUCUCCCCCUGACCUCCUCCAGGAGCGGAUGCUGGAGUUCUACAGCCGCACCUUCUCCGUUCACAUGAGCCAGGCCGGGCAAGGGGCGCCAGGUGGGGAGGAGGAGGAAGAGGAGGCAGCCAUGGGCGCUGAGGGGAAGGUCUGCCAGGGCUGUGCGGUAAGCCCUCAGGAGUGCUGGUGUCAGGAGGCCCUGGAGCAGUUGCGAGAGUUGAGCCAUAUUUUGUCGAGACUGCAGCUCUUGGAGAGGGUGAGCUCAGAUGCUGUCACCUCCAUUCUCCACAAGCUGAUUGAGCAGAGGAUGGAGCAGCGGUGCCGCGGGGAGUACGAGAUCUCCUUCCUCUCAGACUUUGAGGGUUGGUUGGAUCAGGUGUUGGGCUGGGUGAGCAGAGUCUUUGUCAGUGAGGUGGACGCCAGGAGGAUACCGGGAAGUGCAGUGGCGGGCUGCGGUGGAGAGCGGGCAGCAGGGCAGCCAAACAGUGCCAUCCUGCAGCGCUGGCGCCACCACAUGCAGCAGUUCUUCUGCAGGAUCUACGCCAGCAUGAGGAUCGAGGAGCUCUUCAGCAUCAUCAGAGAUUUCCCAGAGUCUCUGCCUGCUAUAGAGGAUCUGAAAUUCUGUUUGGACAGGACCAGUCAGAGGCAACAGCUCCUCACCUCCCUAAAGUCUGCCUUUGAGACCCGCCUCCUGCAUCCAGGGGUUCACACAUCUGACAUCAUUACUGUGUACAUAUCGGCCAUCAAAGCCCUGCGGCACCUGGACCCCUCCAUGGUCAUCCUGCAGGUAGCCUGUCAACCCAUCCGCAAGUACCUCAGGACACGGGAGGACACUGUUCGCCAGAUCGUGGGCAGUCUGACUGGGGAUGCUGAGGGUUGCACCGACCUGGCCAACGAGCUCUCGCGCGCCGACCCAGUCACCCUGGAGACCCAGGACAGCGAGGAUGAGGGCAGCGACCCCGAAGAGUGGACACCAGACCCCGUAGACGCACUAACAGACAAAACAGGCUCCAAACACCGGUCCUCAGACAUCAUCAGUCUGCUGGUCAGUAUCUAUGGCAGCAAACAGAUCUUUAUUGAUGAGUACCGCACCGUCCUGGCUGACCGACUGCUUCAGCAGCUCAACUACAGCACUGCCAGGGAGAUCCGCAAUGUGGAGCUGCUGAAACUUCGGUUUGGUGAAUCUCAUAUGCACCUGUGUGAAGUAAUGCUUAAGGAUGUGGCUGAUUCGCGUCGGAUCAACACAAACAUCCGUGAGGAGGAGGCCCGUCUGCCCCCGGAGGAGCAGCCUGCCCUGGCCCUGUCGGCCAUGAUCCUCUCAUCCGAGUUCUGGCCCCCCCUCAAGGAUGAGCGCAUGGAGCUGCCCGCCGUGGUCACGCAGGCCAUGGAGACCUACACACACCGCUACGAGAAACUCAAGGCCAUGAGGACGCUGAACUGGAAGUCUCACCUGGGCACGGUGACCCUAGACCUGGAGCUGGAGGACCGCACUCUCUCCAACCUCUCUGUCUCUCCCAUCCAUGCAGCCAUCAUCCUGCACUUCCAGGAUAAAGCCUCGUGGAGCCUGGAGGAGCUAAGUGGGGCGCUGGCGGUGCCCCAGGAGGUGUUGCGGCGCAAGCUGGCUCUGUGGCAGCAGCACGGCGUGGUGCGCGAGGAGGCGGGCGGACGCUACACGGUGCAGGAGACGGCGCCGGCCGCGGGGCGCGAGAAGCACGAGCGGUCUGUCCUGCUGCUGGACAGCGACGAGGAAGGAGAUUCCAACACAGCCACGCAGUCCGAGCAGAGGGAGGAGAAACUGCGGCUGUUCUGGGCGUAUAUCCAGGCGAUGCUGACCAACCUGGAGAGCAUGACGCUGGAGCGUAUCCACACCAUGCUGCGCAUGUUCGUGUCCUCAGGGCCCGUGGUGACCGAGAUGGAGAUCGGCGAGCUGCAGGCCUUCCUGGACAAGAAGGUGCGAGAGCACCACCUCAUCUCCUCGUCCGGCGUGUACAGGCUACCCAAGUCACCUCACCACUGACGGCCAAGAAAGGGAGAGAUGACCUCUGUUGGAUCUAAUUCACGCUGUGUGAAUGUUAAUGUUUUGUAGACACUCCAAUUCAGUUUGACUACAGACUGCUGUCAACAGUUGCCAACUUAACAUUUAUAAUAUGAACAUGCCAAAUAAACAUGUAGUAUGUGUACAUUG